UAUUGAUGUCUGGUUAGUUGUGUUUCCAUAAGCAUUAUUUCAAGUUACGUUUUAAGCUUUGUGUCUUUUAUCAGUCACUGCAAAAAAGGAAAGUUUUUUUUUUUUGUGAAAAGUGAAAUGGCGUAUUAUGAAAUAUCAUAGGGAUGCUUUUCUGUUCUUUCUACAAUGUGCGUAUGUUCAGAAGACCCAAGAACAAGGUUGUUUGUUAAAUUGUGACAUUUGAUUAUCUUCAAGUCACAGUUUUUCCUAUUUGUUCUGUCAUUUAAAUAUGUUUCAGUGCCAUAUGCAGAUUUAUCAAUAAUUCCCACUCAUCCCUUGUAGUCCUAUAGAUAGAUGCAGUUGGGUCAUUAAAGGGUUUCAGCAUCAAUGUCUGGCCAAACUUGAAAAAGAGAUUUAAAGAACUCCAGAUUGCGCUUGAAACAACUCAAAGCUUGAUUUUUUUUCCUCUUUGGGUUAACCAUUUCAUUCAAAUAUGUUUAGCUUGAUAACCUAUAAAAUAAUACACCAUGUAAGUAUAGCAUACUUAUAAAAUACCACAAACAGCACUGACGUCAAAUACAUAAGAAAAAAACAUUUUAAUCUCAUUUAGCAUGCAAUAUCACACGAUUACAAUGUCCUAAUUUCAUCUUAUUUUUCUAUUAACAGACUAUAUUUAGCUGACGUGCACUCGCUCGGUGUAUGUUGUUUCCUUUAUUGGCAUCCACUAAAUCCAUACUUUUUAUUCACUCGCAUUUUUUGGGGAAGUCUCGCGCUCGCUGGUCUAUCAGCAUGAGCGCACGAGCAUGUGGAAUGACAUGUAGGAUUUUGGUUUUAAAUCAACUUUUAUUGUCGGUGGUGUUAGGGACCCAAACAAAUCUCAAACGGGUUUGUCUGAUUCUGUUGGGCGGCGGUGACGUCACACGCAGCGAGCCCCACUCACACACGCGCUCGCGCAGCUUCAGCAGGGGUCAGUGUAGCUGUGACUGCACGGACUUCUCGCACUCAUAACCUGGAGAUGAAUUACUAUAUACUGAUUAUUCAAAUAAUUUCACUGUCUCUUUUGGGACCAGGGCUGUGCUCAGAGGAUGAGUCCAGAUUAGUAAAUACUUUGUUCACUGGAUAUAACAAGGUUGUUCGUCCUGUCAGCCAUUUUAAGGAUCCGGUAGUGGUUACUGUGGGACUUCAACUCAUUCAACUUAUCAGCGUGGAUGAAGUGAAUCAGAUCGUCACCAGUAAUGUUCGGUUAAAGCAGCAAUGGAAGGACAUGAAUCUGCUGUGGAAUCCUGAUGAUUAUGGUGGCAUCAAAAAGAUCAGGAUUCCGUCCACUGACAUCUGGAAACCUGAUUUAGUUCUUUACAACAAUGCUGACGGAGACUUCGCCAUCGUCCACGAGACAAAGGUCUUGUUAGAGCACACGGGUGUUAUAACGUGGACUCCUCCGGCCAUCUUCAAGAGCUACUGUGAGAUCGUCGUCCUUCACUUCCCUUUCGACCUGCAGAACUGCAGCAUGAAACUUGGAACGUGGACAUACGACGGCAACCUGGUCAUCAUCAACCCGGACAGUGACAGGCCAGAUCUCAGUAACUUCAUGGAGAGUGGAGAAUGGGUGAUGAAGGAUUACAAGAGCUGGAAACACUGGGUGUAUUACGCCUGCUGUCCGGAUACGCCCUACCUGGACAUCACCUAUCACUUCCUCCUGCUCCGCCUCCCGCUGUACUUCAUCGUGAACGUCAUCAUCCCCUGCAUGCUGUUCUCGUUCCUCACCGGCCUCGUGUUCUAUCUGCCAACAGACUCGGGUGAGAAGAUGACCCUCAGCAUCUCCGUCCUGCUUUCGCUCACCGUGUUCUUGCUGGUUAUCGUGGAGUUGAUCCCGUCCACGUCCAGCGCCGUUCCGCUCAUUGGCAAAUACAUGCUCUUCACCAUGAUCUUCGUCAUUGCGUCCAUCAUCAUCACCGUGAUUGUCAUCAACACACAUCACCGCUCGCCCAGCACACACACAAUGCCCGCUUGGGUCCGCAAGGUCUUCAUAGACACCAUCCCAAACCUGAUGUUCUUCUCCACCAUGAAGCGUCCAUCACAGGAACGGCAGGACAAGCAUCUCUUUCCUCCCGAUUUUGACAUCUCUGACAUUUCAGGCAAACCCAUGCCAGCGUCUGUCACUUACCACUCUCCCAUAACCAAAAAUCCAGACGUACGCAGUGCCAUCGAGGGGGUGAAAUACAUCGCGGACACCAUGAAAAGCGAUGAGGAGUCCAACAACGCCGCCGAGGAAUGGAAGUUUGUGGCCAUGGUGUUGGAUCAUAUCCUUCUGUGUGUGUUCAUGGCCGUGUGUAUCAUCGGCACGUUGGGUGUGUUCGCCGGGCGGCUGAUCGAGCUCAGUAUGCUGUGAGAGUUGAAGGGCCGGAUGAAGUCUGAGCUGAAACACCAGAUGUUCAUGGAACAGAGAGCUUAGUCAACAACUGGAACAUUUCCCAGCGAGCCCUGCUUUCGUACUGUAUUUCUGUAUUAGAGAAACCUCCUCCCCGUUUCAACAGUAUACGGUGUGCGUAUUUAUGCUUUCAUUUUUUAUGCUAAAAUAGUCUCUCUAUUUAUAGACAACAAUAAGUAAAGAAGAGUAAACUCUGUGACUUUGUGUCAAAACAGUAGGCUACCCUUUCCAGCAAUUACAUUUGGGGUGGGACUAUUUUAGGGGCUGGGAAACCUGUUUUUAAACACUAGUAAUAAUUUUAAAAACACUGAAAUAUUUAGCACAGAAACAUUUAAAUGUGUGGCAUUAAUGUUAUUGAGUUGACUUGAUUUGUAAGAAUAGUUCCCAGUGUUCUGGCUGUCAUGCAGACCAUUGGUGGUUUUUGUCUGUUUUACAUUGCUGGUGAUCUUUGUACUUGAAUAACUUAAUAUUAUGUUUAUAACAUGAAUAAAAAGAACAGAAAUGGU